CUUUGAUAAAUCAUGGAGGAGAGAGAAUAAUAAGACAUUGAAAGUGAAAGCCGGAUAUUCUCCAAAGAGGAAGGAAGUGGCCUCUGUUUCCGCUGAACGAGGGGUAGAGAAAGAAAACGUAGCACCUGUUGUUUUUUUUGCAAUAGAGAGAGAAACAUGGCUAAUCCAGAGAGAUCAAUCGAACAAGCAUAGUACCCAAAUACUUUUACAUCUCCUAAAGUAAAAUCCCCAAUUUCAUUUUUAAGCAACAAAAAUGUCAAAUUCUUCCAACCCCAAAUCGCAUUGGUGUGCUGAACCCCCUACUGACCGCCCUGUUCGUGUUUAUGCCGAUGGAAUCUACGACCUCUUUCACUUCGGCCAUGCUCGAUCCCUCGAACAAGCCAAAAAAGCAUUUCCAAACACAUAUUUGCUGGUGGGAUGCUGCAGUGAUGCAAUAACCCACAAAUACAAGGGGAAAACUGUUAUGAACGAAGCCGAGCGCUACGAAUCUCUUCGUCAUUGCAAAUGGGUUGACGAAGUUAUACCUGAUGCGCCUUGGGUGGUAGAUCAAGAAUUUCUUGACAAGCAUAAGAUUGAUUUUGUGGCCCAUGAUGCUCUACCUUAUGCUGAUACCAGUGGAGCUUGCAAUGACGUCUAUGAAUUUGUAAAAACUGCUGGGAAGUUUAAGGAAACCCAACGGACAGAUGGAAUUUCUACUUCAGACAUCAUUAUGAGGAUUGUUAAGGACUAUAACCAGUAUGUGAUGCGUAACUUGGAUCGUGGAUAUACUAGAAAGGAGCUAAAUCUUAGCUAUGUUAAGGAGAAGCGGUUAAGAGUCAACAUGAGGCUAAAGAAACUGCAUGAGAAAGUCAAGGAGCAGCAUGAAAAGAUCCAGACAGUGGCUAAAACUGCUGAAAUGACUCGUAAUGAAUGGGUAGAAAAUGCUGAUCGAUGGGUAGCUGGAUUUCUUGAGAUGUUUGAAGAAGGAUGCCACAAAAUGGGAACAGCUAUCAGGGACCGAAUACAAGAGAGUUUGAUGGGGCAGCAGGCCAGAUUGCUGCCUAACGGAAUGGCAGAUGGUGAUGAAAGUGAAGAAUACUUUGACGAUGAUCAAAAUUAUGAAGAUGAUGAUGAGUACUAUUAUGAUGAAGAUGAGUAUUACGAUAAUGAAGAUGCUGAAGAAAAGGAGAAGCAAGAAGAGAGAACAAACAAACAGGAGAAUAUUGAUGAGAAAAAGAAAGAACCCGAGAGAAAAGAAGUAAAGGAAUAGGGGAUUAGAAUAUCUUAUCAGUAGAGGUUGUUGUGUUCUGUCACAGUUGGUGUUUGGAGGGGUUUAUGUAAAGUACGACUGACAUAGUAGUGUGUUUUCCAUUGUAUUUGUAGCUAUAAUGAAGAUAAAACAUGGAAUUGCAGGACCUAAGUUGAAGCUGGUUAGUUGAAAGUUUUACUUGUCCCUCCCUCUUUUUCCAAGGUUGAUCAUGUAAAGAAGACAAGACAACGUAACCGAGGUUGGGUUGUUGCAUAUCCUCAUUUUUUAUUGGGAUCUUGUAUGUUUUAAGCUUGACAUUUCUUGGUUGAA